ACCUCACUUUCCCAAAACUCCCACAUCCCCCCAUUUAUUGCUCUCCAUCAUUUCGCAAUCAAUUUCCUUUUAUUGCUCUCUCUCUCUCUCUCUCUCUCUCUCUCUCUCUCUCUCUCUCUCUCUCUCUCUCUCUCUCUCUCUCUGGUAUCAUGUGUCCAACACCAACAACUGAUAUUUCAUCGCCAUGAGAAUAGUCUGCAUGCAGCAACCAUGGACGAACUGCCGGGCUCGUUGGGCACCAGUGCCAGCUUGGCUCUGCGUUUCGGCCAGACCAUAUUCUCCACCGCUUCUCUUCUCUUUAUGUGCUUGGACGUUGAGUUCUACAGCUACACAGCUUUCUGUUAUUUGGUGACAGUAAUGGGUUUGGUAGUUCCAUGGGGCAUGACUUUAGUGAUAGUGGAUGCCUACUCUGUUUUUGUAAGAUGCUUACCUCGUCAACCAAGAAUUAUUGUAAUCCUCAUAGCAGGAGACUUGGCUUUAUCUUAUCUCUCACUAGCUGCAGCCUGUUCUACGGCUAGCACCACAAUGCUCCUACAUGAUGCUGGUCGAUCCUACUGCCCUGCAAAGUUAUGCACUAGAUAUCAGUUGUCUGCUGCAAUGGCUUUUCUUUCUUGGUUUCUCUCUAUGGGCUCUUGUCUAUUCAAUCUUUGGCUUCUUCCUUCUUUAUAGUGCUGGCUGUGAGUCAUAUCCAGCAAAUGAACUCUGCAAAUUAAAGAAUCAUAACUGAAAUUUUGGAAGAUACAAAUGGAUUUUUGUUAGAAAAUGGAAGCAAUGUACAUUCGCAGGGUUUCUCUAUUGAAAAUUGUACCUUAAACAGAGAAAAUGUGAAAAGUCCUCUCUUUUUUCCGACUUGUAAUUUGUAAAUAUACAAUAAUGAACUUGAAAUCC